GUGAUCAGUGGUGGGAAACCUAUAUAAAUGCUUUGCAUCUAAAAUUGUAUCAAUUUCUUCGUGCUUGCUCAUCAAGUGACGUUCAAAAUGCUUCUAAAAAGAAGCAUUUUUCUACAGGUCUGUCUUUUGCUCACACUCAAACAAACCAAAUGCCAGGACUACGAAAGCGGCUACGGUGUCGACGAAAGUGACGACCACUCCGAGGCCCAGGAAGAUUCCGGGCCGACAGACUACUCAAAAUAUUACGCUGUUGACAGGUCAGCGCCUCUGAUCUCCUCGGCUCAAGGUAACAUAGGCUUUACGAGCCCUAUUGAAUACGCAGGAUUUUUUGCGCCUGCAAUAGAUUUUGGAGCCUCGGUCAAGCAGGAGGUCCAACAACCGAAAAACCCGUUCGCGGCCCAAACCAAGAGUUUGGGAUUCAUUUCGGAACAAAGCCAGUUCCCGAAUUUCUACGCCGCCGGACAUUUCCCAGUUGACUAUUUCGAAGAAGCCCAAAAAACGCAAAGACAAGAGAACCAAGAGGACGACGGUUUUGAACCAUCGGGUGGCGUUGACUACAUUUCCCACAACCUGCCACUGAACCUGGACGGUGAAUACACCUCAGAAGUGGAGAAAGUCCAACCGAAGCCCAACAAGCCCAAGAGGAAGAGCAAGAAGGUGCGCAAGUACGAUGCCGAAAAAGAAGCAUCUGAAGAAUUCAAAAACCCGGACUAUUCCUAUGAAUACGAACCGUCAUCCUCCGGGAAAUACACUGAUUACAAUUCCGGGAAGUCCAGUUCGACUGUGUCCCAACAACCCACAGUUGCGGGUUUUUACGAGAAACUUACCGAAGCCCCAACGGCCACCCCGUACCAGAAAUACAGUUUUCAACCAACUAGCCCUGAGAACAAAUUUUUGGGGUCCUUGAUCAGCACUGUUGCCCCUUUUAACCCCUCCUACUCCAAAAUCCAAAGCACUGCGGUUACCCCGACUUUUGAGACCCAGCCAAGUGAAAACAUCCCAAGUCACUUGAAAGAUAAGAACUGUAGAAGGGUCAGGAAACACAUCGGCGAUGGAAGAAGAAGAAAGAGGGAAGCUAUGAACUGUUACGUCUGUGAAGACCAGGCAAAUAACUCAAAAUACACCCAAUGUUCGUAUGCUGUAGAACCGGAACCAACCAAUGAUUACAGCGGGAUUUCGGAAAGAUACUCCACUCCAGCCAAGCAACCUGACGGUUUCCGCUACAAGAGAUAUUCCGGUGAUGACAAUGUUGACCCCUAUGAGUACAUCAAGUCCCGGACGCAGAAAGCCUUCACCGACGCUCAAGAAACCAAAGAUUACGAAGAAUACAAGAUCCCGGACUUUUACGUAGAUGAAAAUCCGGAUAAGAGCUACUCGGAAAUACAGUCUGAAGCAAUCGCCAAAAACCCAGCCAAUUGUCACAAGGAGGAAAGCAAUGGAAUGACUUGCACCAUCUGCAAAGACCCCAAAACUGGGGGCAAUUUCGAACAGUGUUCCUACACUUCUGAGCCCAAAGAACAGAAAUAUGCGUACGUGACGGAAAAGAAGUACGACAGUGACGAGCCUGAGGAAGGGGCCGAAUCGAAAACGCAACCCCAGAAGGAGGAAGCAGAUAAGGAAAGUAAAGAAGAAGAAGAAGGGGAAAAGAAAUUUGACUCGUCUGAAGAAAGUGAAAAAGUAAAAUUUGACGAUAAGUUGGAUUUCAAAUCGAGUAAUGACAAACCAAAGUUCAGUAGCAAAAUUAAAGAGUAUAAACCGUUAGUUUUGCCAAGUAAUGAUAAUUCCCAGUUUGCCAAGUUGGACGAGUUUAAACCAAUCGGUUUGUCGAGUAACGAGGAUUCAAAAUAUAGCAAACUGGAGGAUUUCAAACCUUCUGAAGAGUACAAAGCGAGUUAUCGCGGACACGACAAAUUUAAACUGUCGGAUGAUUACAAUCCUGAAAUAAAGGACGACCCUACGUCAAAGAAGGAGCCCUACAACCCCCCUGAAGGUUACCAAAAGGGGGAACAAGGGGGUUCAGGAGGUCCUAAAAAACUGAUCGAUGAUGAUCCGUACGAUAUUCCAAAACACUUCGCUGAAAGCACAAUCAAGGAGCAAAAAACUGGCGUUCGGGGUUUGGAACCAAGUCUCUACGGAAGUGCCGACUCCUCAGAAGUCGAAGGCGACGACGCCGAUUCUUCCAGCGAUGUUGAGCCUUACAAAGACAUUGACGAGUACCAUUUCAAACUCUUCCCCGAGUUCUCCAACGAGGAGUCGCAACAAGCCGAGGUCGUGGCAGCGAAUCCGUCCGCCGACGCCACCCGGAAAGACGUGGAGGAGGUGUUGGCCGAGUUCAGCAAAAAGGACCGUUCUGCGUGCAAGAAAGCCGAGAAGAACGGCAUGACCUGCUACCUGUGCGUGGACAAGAAGGGGAUCCAGCACGAGGAGUGCAUGUACGUGUCGGAGUCCAAGCCCCAGGCGAGCCAUGUGGCGUACCACGAAGUCAAACAGAUCAAAUCCCCGAAUGGUGAAACCAAGGAGCUCGAGCAGGUCCCAGCCGCCACGGAGAUCAAGCGCAAACAUUUCUUUAAGAAAGUUGUGACCACGCCUACGCCUUUCUCCAUGGAAGCGGCAGCGUCGAAUGAGUACGAGACCAAAAUAAAGUACAACCCGAGCAAAAAGAGGAAAAGUGCGAAGAAAGUGAAAGAGCCCGUUCAAGCGGCGAGCGACGACGAUCCCGAGAAGUUGCCGGAAGACGACCCCGAGAAGCUGCCCGAGGACGAGAACGAGCCCGAGACGCCCGCAGAGUUCGUCGUGGGGGAUGAGGAAGGGGCGUACAGUGCCGAGACGAAGCCAGUCUACAGCAAGGUGCUGGGGGUGAAGCUCCCCAAGUACAUGAUUGAGAAAUCAGAGUUUGAGAAGGAGUUUGAUGAGUUCGCUGGUACACAUUAGGAGUAGGCUUUAUGUCUUGUGAUAGAUUAAUUACUUAGGUACUUGUGUAAUAUAGUUAUGUUAUUAAAUUGUUAUUGUUAUUAAUUACGUUGUUAAAAAUAAAAACUUAAAGAAA